GUUUGUUAUAGAUAGAUAGAUAGAUAGAUAUAGAAGUUUUGUUUCUAGAUAACACUUUUAAACACAAACUUUUUCUGAGGGCUGGGACAACGAACUUUGGAAGAUGUCUAACCCAGAGGAACCAGACGGUGUGAAUGAAAAUUUUACAGACAAAGACAAUAAAGAUUUGAAUUCCCUGAAGGACUUGGAUCCAGAAACAAUUGCAUCGACGCCAUUGCUUCCGCGUCCCAGCCCUCAGGAGACGAAUCCCAUGAAGUCUUCUGCCUCUAUAAGUCAAUUGGAUUAUUUACAGUCAGCGAAAAAGAUAACUUUUGGCACCGAACAUUCAGACACUAAGAACAAGAAAAAGAUAACUUUUGGCACCGAACAUUCAGACACUAAGAACAAGACUAACCCGAAAUAUUCGAUUCUCCCACCCAAUAUAGUUAAUCAAAAUGAUAUAAGCACCAUGAUUAUCAGUAAGAGCUCAAUCUUACCAUUUAUUUUUGAUGUUAUUAAAGAUACAACACGAAUUAUUCAUACAUUUAUGUAUGACUCUGAUGAAAAAAAAUAUAUUUUUGAAAUGUAUAAAAACUCUAAGAUCAAAGAUUUAGUGAUUGGAGUACGUAAGCAAUAUGCAUUCGCAAUCAUAAUGUGGAAAGAUAAUUCCCCUCCUGAAGAAAUCGGACCAUAUUACCCAGGCAAAUUCCACAGUGAGUAUUAUAUUAUUGAGUACAUUAAAAAAAUCCCAAAAAGUAAAAUUAUUAAUAUUUAUGCAAUUUGGAUUCACACAUGGUAUAAUCCUUGUAUAGCGAUAGAUAAUAUCUCAGAAAAACCCUGUAUGUGGAAUUUAAUCUUUUUAACUAAGGACUAUGAGUUUAAAAUUUACAUCAGCUUCACAGAAUAUUAUAUAUAUCACAGAAAUAUGUAUACGAUUUAUAAAAAUAGUAAAGAAUUGGACGUUAAUAGUAAGGAAAUCAUAGAAGUGUUUGAUUUGGCUCCUCAAUCAAAGUUUCAUGUUAAAUUUAAUAUUAAAGAAUAUAAUGAUGAAUUUAAAACAUUUAUGAAGAAUAUUCCCAAAGAUAAAUGGAAGGUAGUUCAUGAAAAUAAAAUAUCACCUAAAUCUCUAGAUUUAAAAAUGACUUAUAACGAGUGGAAGCAGAGAGGAGAAGAAACAGCAGAACAAUUCAUAUCAGAAAUGAUACAGAAUGUGAAAGAGAUAAUCGGGGAGAGCUUUAAAGAAAUUGAGCCUCAUUAUGAUGAGCUUAAAUCUAUGAUUAAAAAGUGGUGGGAUAAAAAUAUAAGGACAUCCAUAUUAACAGAUGAAAAAUUCAUCGAGUUUAUUAAAGAAAAGGUGGUUCUGCACUACUUGGAGGACAUCCAGCGCCUUCCACAUCCUCCUGUGAUUUUCCAGAUUGACCUCCACAAUCUGCAUCAUGAGGAAUAAUUGCAGUGAUCACAAUAAAAUAUGGCUGAUUGGA